GCAUGGUUUAAUAACAAAACUCCAUUUUACAUAGUGUCUAUAAUCAUCACCCAUCCAUCCACCAGGGCAGAGUAAGGUACAUACUGGACAUUAUAUAUCAUUCACAAUUGCUGACACAGCUAAUUACAGUGACUUAUCAGCACCUGCUACACAGCUGUAAAAACUAGAUUAGGAUAUGCACCCUAGCUUUUAAAGUGGUACACAUCCUGUGAAACAAUAAUGAAUCCUAACAUUUUAAACAAACUAUUCAGCACUGGAAAGAGGUUAUCUAAAUUUCAUACACUUAUGCUAGGCUACAAAAGGGAUAUGAUGGAUAGCCGCAUCAAGAAUCCUCCUUACCUCAUCAGUGUGAACCAGUGCUGGCCAUCAGGGCUGGGGGGUGGGGGCAGAGCUUUGGUAACCAUAUACCACUGUGCCUAUCAUUUAUUUGUCUGACAAAUAAAUUAUUAUUUUAAUUUCUCUAUUGCUGCGUUGAAUAUUUCAUUCCAGCUAAGCGUUAACCACAAGCAGGGUGCUACAAAUGCAGGGGGGAUGCAGGCAGGAAAAGCCCCAAAGAGCCGCACACAAGCUCCGCAUGGCUCUUGUGGGCUUUUCCCCAGGAGGGAGAAGGGACUGACGUGGCCAGUCAGUCCCUUCUCCCUCCUCGUAGAAAAGCCCGCAGGAGUCCUUAAAGGGUGCGCGGCCCCUGUGGGCUUUCACAGGAGGUGGGGGAAUUGCCAUAGCCGUGCGCAGCUUCUCCCGGCCGGAGAGGCUGAACGCGGCUAAAGAAGCCAAGACAGCGAGCGGGAUGGAAAAAGUGAAACGAAAUGAGAUGAGAUGAUGAAGAAGAAGAAGUAGAUAUUAUAGGAUUAUUUUUUCUUAUUUUGACGUUGCUUCAGCUCCGCUGGGCUUGAGGGCGGGAGACUAAGCUAAACCCCCGUUUAGAACCUACGACGACCCCUUCCCCUUCGACGCCAAACUACCUCCGAAGGCCUCAGUACCGCACGCCGAAGACUACGUUUCCCAAAGUGCUCCGCUCUCAGCUUAGGGUCGCUCUGCCAAUUCCGAACUCCCCUUUCGCUCAUUCGAGUUCCGUCGCAGAGGAAAGGCCUGAGGCAUAGAGGGCGCUGCGUCCGUGAAUUGCGAGGAAUUAAAGGACGGUCCCUGACGCCGCACAUCCCCCGGCCUGAGAGGAAAAGCGAGAGCGAGCUGCCGGGGCCUAGCGAUGAGUUACCUCAGCGAAAGCGGCGGGGCCGUUAGGUCCCUCCUCGACUUGUGAGUGGCCGGCGGGGCGAGCGGGGUCUUCACUCGUGCGUCCCCCCCACCCACCAUGAACCUCUCCCGGCACCAGGAAAACCACCUUAUUUCACCUCCAUCUCCAACGUUACCCUUAUUAUGUCCUCCCCGCCUCUUCGCUAACCUCUUUGCUGCCCUUUGUCCGGAUUCUGCCCCUGGGAUGUGCCAACAAAUCAACGAGGAGAAGCGUGCCCCUGAGCGUGUGCAGAGAGCAGUUUUAAAUAGCUGCGCGGAAGAGGCCGUUUCAGCAGGUGCGGCUUGGUCGACAAGCAAGCCUGCUGAAAUUCCACCUUGCCUUGAGUAGUGGUUAGAGCCCUUGGGCUAGGGAGCAGCCCGAUACAAAUUCCAUGAGGAGGGAGGGAGAGCCAUGUACGGCACCUUGAGCCCCUUGGAGGAAAGGUGGGAUAGAAAAAUAUAAUAAAUAAACAAACCUGGCUGUUCUUCUAUUGAUAAGUGUGACCAACUUCACCCUGGGACCAUUAUAGCUGUGCUUUUAAUAAUACUGUAAUAUAAUAAUAAUAAUAUCAUUGAGCUGCAAGACUUUCUCGGGUGACCCUGCAUUUAUCUCAUACCUGGAAAAACUUCACCUGUUGGUUUUCCAGCUGUUAGAGAUACAAAAAAAAACCACACCAAAAAAACCUGGUUCCUAAGACUUAGGUCUCAAAAUCCUUUAAAUAAUAAGAUCUGGACAAAAAUUGGUGAAGUAGUAGAAUUUUAUUGAAGGAAAAGCAUGGUUAAACAAGGAUGGGUGACCAAUGCAGGCACACCCUAAUGAGGAAAAACACAGUUUAUAUAAUCUGCCCCCCCAACCGCCAAAAAGUCCCUACUUUACGUGCCCACCAUGGAGGAGCAUGCAAAGUUUACAACAUAUUGCGUCCGCCUUAACAUUUUACCAUCCCACUUGCCCAUGUUAAUCAUUGCACAAAUAUUGUCAAAGCAUCUUUACAUUUUAUAUUUUGAUGCAAGCAACCCCUUUAUUCUUAUCUCAAAUUGUCCUAUUUUGAUGUGUUAACCACUAUUGGUUCCAUAUGCAGGCGUAAGCUACCGUAGUUUGUUAUCUGAUAAGGCUAAGAGGACAAACCCCAAGUUGACCACCAAAUAUCCUAGCUACAGGUGCGAGCUGCUCUUGAGUCUAGGUUCUUAACAGUGAGCUGCAUGACUUUUGCUAAAUCUGCAUUCCUUAUUCGGUGGAAUCCCUUGUGGUUAUGAAGGGAGAGGGAAGGUUUAACCCCUCCAUGUACUAGGACCCCAGCUAACAGCUAUUCCAGUUAUGCCAGUUAACAACUGCUCCAGUUAUGGCUGCACAGUUGCUUCAGCUAUGUUUAGGCCAGCUAUGUAGGCCAGCAGUGGUUUCCUGCCUGGCUUCCUGCUUCAGUUAUGGUAGGUAUGCAAACAUAUAGAAUGCAAGCAAAAUAUAGAAGGAUGGGGGGAAGGGGGCUUAGCUAACCUAAUAAGGUAAUGAAUUGUAUCUCUGUCUGCUGAUUGGGGAGCAAUUGAGGAAACAAGCUUGCAACUGGGUAUAAGAAUGCUUGUAAGACACGAUAGGGGGGCCGCCAGUAUUUGGAAGCUAUUCCGCUGGCUGCCUCUGUGCAGACUUUGCAAUAAACCUUUUUCUCUGUGAAACCACACCCUGGUGUUGUUUAACUCCUUCACGCUCCCGGCGUGGGUACGAGGUGACUGGAUCCGGACCCUGGGAUCAGAUAUACCAACAUAUCCCCUAUCAGCUAUAAACUAUCAAAUUCUAUGCUCACUAUUAUCUUAGCAGGCAGCUGCUCUUUAGACCUUUAGACUUUUAUGAAAAAGCAAAAAUAUAGCAUCAUUAAAAAUUAAGAAGUAAUGGAAAGGCAAAGAGUUGCUUAGAAACAUCCUAUUCAAAAAAUGGCCAAGCUAUAUAUUGUGGUAGGUGUGUCUUAAUAGGAUCCACUAAUAAAAGCAUUCUUAUAAUAAGAAGCAUUAAUAAAAGCAUCCUUAUCCUAGGGAAACAAUGAAAAAGCAACGUAUUUCCCACAGCAGCCUCAUGUGUCUGUUGACAGCACAAGCAGUUUAACAGAAGCUUAAGAAGUCUGUAUGGGGAAUAAAUUGGGCAUAAGUUCUUAAACUGAAACUGUUCUUAACCUGAAGCACCACUUUAGCUAAUGGGGCCUCCCGCUGCCACUGCACUGCCACCGCAUGAUUUCUGUUCUCAUCCUGAAGCAAAGUUCUUAACCCGAGGUACUAUUUCUGGCUUAGCGGAGUCUGUAACCUGAAGCAUCUGUAACCUGAGGUACCACUGUACGUGAUAAAAAUUGUACUGGAAGCAGUUUUGACCUCCCAUGUUACUUGUAUUCUGAACAAUUAAAUUUACAGUUGCUUACAUAAAAAUAUUCUGUAAUGGAUCUGAAUAGUGAUCCAGCUCUGCAGACGACAGUGGACAGAGAGAUGCCUCUAAGAAACUCACAGGCAGAGCAAAUUGGAAAAAGCCAUCACAGUUUCUAAAUAGGAGAUUUCUUUCAACUGGCUACUAGCUAUUGGGAGACAUUUCUAUAAAUUUGUCUGAUCUCAGGAAUCCUUGACACACUGAGUAGCCCCUGAAUUCAUUUUCAUUGUUUGUUUGCUUAUGUGCUCUUCAAAUAUUUUUUCCAGGACGGUUUUCAUAAUGUUAAAAACACAAAAUUUAUAAAAAAUACGAAGUACAAUAAUCAAAUAAUCAAAUCCUACAACAUACUUAUUUUAUUUACAGUAUAUAGAGAUUUCCAAACACUUUACAAGUGCCUAUAUAGCAUUACUGAGAGUGACUUCCAGCAGAACCUGGGCACAGAGCAGAGGAUUCUGGGGGCAUGCUGAAGGGUACCCAUUCGUUCAUCCAGGGCACUGGGACUCUUUGGCACACCCAAUACUGAUGUGGAAAUCGAACUACAGGACAACUUUUGUUUCAUGCCUAAUGCUCCUCUUCAUUCCAAGUGGCUGAAAGAGGUCUUAGCAUACGUUUACCAGAGUGUCCUCUGAAUACAGUGGUGCCUCGCAAGACGAAAUUAAUCCGUUCCGCGAGUCUUUUCGUCUUGCGAAGCACGGCUAUUAGCGGCUUAGCGGCUAUUAGCGGCUUAGCGGCUAUUAGCGGCUUAGCGGCUAUUAACGGCUUAGCGGCUUUAAGAAAAAGGAAACAAACUCGCAAGAACUCGCAAGACGUUUCGUCUUGCGAAGCAAGCCCAUAGGGAAAUUCGUCUUGCGGAACGACUCAAAAAACGCAAAACCCUUUCGUCUAGCGAGUUUUUCGUCUUGCGAGGCAUUCAUCUUGCGGGGCACCACUGUAUGAUACAAAGUGCGUAGUAGUUAUACAGUAAAUGUCAUGCACAGUACAGAGAUUCACCUCUUCAAAUACAGUGGAAUAUUACCAAGAGUUCAAAGCAGUAUUUUAACAUGUUGCAUAAAUAGUUGUUUGCCCUAAGAUUUAUUUUACAUAGCAAUAAUUUUGCUUAUUGGCAGUCUGCGGUGUUACAACAUUUUUGCGCGACUUUGUUCUUGUGACUAAAGCAGUAUGUGAAUCAGCAAUGUCACCCUCACCCUUAUUCCAUGUCACCUUCACUCUUAUUGUUGAUCAGAGCAAAGUUCAUUAUCCUUAAUCCUGAAGUCAUAAUUUAUUGAUUUCUCUAACUCUGGCUACACGUUGUAGGGGAAUUCAGUCACAUUAAGCAAACUGCCUUUCAGCCAAUGAUCAUUUUCACUCAGAAGCCCUUGAUGAGCAUCUGAGGAACCUCAAAGUUCCCAAAGUGCAGUUUAAAACUAAAUGUCUCAAUAAUAAUUAAGCUUCAUGUGGGGAACCUUAGAAUCUUUGAUCUUCCAGAUGUUGCUUAACUUCAACUACCAUCAGCCCUGGCCAUGGGCCAUGCUUCCUGUAGCUGAUGGGAGCUGUAGUUCAGCAACAAAGGUUCUGCACGCUUGCUCCAAGCCAUUCAGAACUGAAUAUACAUAUAUUUGUGAUUAGAACUCAUUUAAAGUUGUGUUAAAUGUUUUUUGAUAUGAGUAAACUUUGUGAAUAUCUUUUCCACUUGUUUGUGUAUGUCAGGUGGACUUCGACAUGUUGGAUUCCCACCAGCCCCAACCAUCACAGUCAAUAGACAGGAGUGAUGGGAAUACAACAAUACCUGGAAGGACAUAGGUCCCCUGCCUCUGGUGUACAUCUUUUUUUUUUCAUUACCUAAUUUUGUACUAGGUGCUGAAUAGCCCCGCCCCCCAAGAGAAGUCCCUGUUGUUACAGUCUAAGAAAUCGGGCUUACAUAAUUGUUUCCCAAGUUGCCAAGAAAGUGUGUCAUCUUAUGACUACUUUUUGUUCUUUUCCCCUCCUCCCCUCCAGAAGCCUUCAUUGCUUAACGAGGAACAUAUCCAGAUAUGCGGAAGAUAUUAAGCCUUUGCCUCCCAACAUCAAAGAUAAACUGAUCAAAUCAUUGAGUGUCCAAGGGUGGAUAAGUGAUUCAAAUAUUAAUACGGUAAGGUGGCACUUUGAGCACAACUCUCCACGUUGUCAUCAUUGGGACUUACAAACAAUACAUAUUUAUAUUUGCAUUUAUUCCUGCUGUCUUUUCCAUAGUCAAAGCCAAGGCUGUGUAUUUGAUAGAGCGUUGUUCUAGGACCUGGGAAACCAGGGUUCUAAUCCAGACUCAGCCAUGUAGUUCAUUAGUGACAGUGUCCUUUAUGAGAUGACCUCCAGGAAAGUGUUGGGCUGGAUGCAAUUCAAUGCCAUAUUUCCUGGCUGUGUGAUUUGUGGUGGGGCAUUAUUUUGGAGUGUAGUGCCCCAGUUCAUUAUUCAUUUCUGCAUAUUUUAACAAUAUGACAGUGUAUUGUGCCCCAAUAAAGUGGUGGAGUUGAUGUGAUUUAAUGUCAGUUCCCAGAGGAAGCUGUCCUGGAUGUAUGGGUCUGUGAUUUGUGAUGUCCCAAAGCUUAUUGAUCGUACACCCCUAGUUCUUCAUUUGCUGUUGUCAUUUGAGGUCACCAUGUUCUCAUGAGUAUUGAACAAACACAAAUAAUUUGAUUGCAGAAAAGUAGUGUGUAUUUUGAAAGGGACAUUCUUCAGGUCAUUGGGAUAAUAUGGGGCAUUCUAAAAUUUACUUUGGAGUUCAGUGACAUGUCAAGUUUUGUUUUGUUUUUUAGUUUUCUGAUUGAGCUAUAUUUCAAAUUCCUACACAGAUAAGGAGCUAGGAACAAGUAACAAACUUAAGCAUCAGAAGAGUUAAUUAUUAUUUCUCUUUCAACAAAACUUGCAUUUUUUCUUUAAAAAACAAAACAAAAAACUUGCAUUUUCUCAUUUGCAUUUACCCACACCUGUACCAUUCUGCCAUUUAGGCUAGUUCCUCUUCUCUUUGGUGCUGAAUUUGAUUAUCUCAUAUUACCUUGAAGAAUGUUCAGAUACAGUAUAUGAAGGAAUCUGGAUUUGAUAGGGACAAUCUAUCAUGAAGUAGAGUUGCAUCUAGCAACAUUUGCCAUCAGCGUAGUAUACUCCUCUUCUAAAUUGUUACAUUAGCCUCAAAUGGGAACCAUGGCUGAAACCUUUGCCUGAGUUUAAAGUUCUGUUCCAAACAUGACUCAUCUUCCAUAUACAGGCCAGGUUCUAAUGGCAAAGCUAUUAAAAUCCGUAAGCUUAAAUAAACUGGCAAAAUGAUCAACCGCUUGCCUAAGGAAAGAGGGCACAGUAAUUUUAUUAUCCAUAGAAGAAUUCUAUUUGCUGACCCCUUGACAAGCUUGGGAUACCUGCUCGAUCUUCCAGGAGGGAAUAAAUUAGAUGUAAUACUGAUCUGUUGCUGACAAGGCAUAUCUGCUAUUGUUUUAAAGAAAUUUGAGGUGAUAGAGCAAAAGUUAAAGCUGUGGUAACAAACAUGCAUUUUGCAGAUAGUACUUCAGGGUCUUUUGUGAGUAAGGACAGAAAAGCUCAUUAAAAUCUUAAUGAAUAUUAAAUGAAUUUAUUAUUUAUUGGUAGAGUCCCAAGGGCCAUGUCAGGGGACUGCCAUCGGGGCUGGGGAGGGAAGCAGGGGGAUACAGAGAGCCUCCGAGGCUUCUGAGGAGCAGCCCCUCAUCUAGCGGUGGGGAAAGCCACACCUCCAGUGGAGCGGAGGGGGAAGGGGAUAGCCAGGCGAGGGGAGGGCUCAAAGAUGCUACCAGCUGGCCAGGAGACAGACACGCCAUUUUUGUCACCCAGCUUACGCAGAGGGGUGAAACGUAAGGAGGGGAGGCAGAGAUUUGGGGUGUCUAAGUUCUUAUGUUGGGGGGAAACCGGAAGGGGCCACUCCCGGAACCUGCAAGCGACUAGGACGGACAUGAACUUUGUGUUUCUGCACUGUAUUUGGUUGGACCAAUAAAACCUGUAGAAGACAGGUUGGAGUCCUGCCUGGUUACUCACGAGCAACCACCACCAGCCCCUGACAGGCCAGAUAAAGAGGAAUGGAAGAUUACAUUUGGCCCUCAGGCCUAAGGUUCCCCAUUCCUGUGCCGCGCCACGUAGAGCUUGACAAAAAUAUUUUCAUUUUAGGUUUUGCACCCUGCAGUAGAGGCACUCGACCUUCGGGACUGUGAUGUUUCAGAUAAUGCCUUGCAACAGCUUUGUAACUGCAAACAGCUUAAGAAAAUCAACUUGAACAUUUGGAAAGGCAACAGACUAACAGUCACUUCAGAAGGUUUGUUUUCUAUGUGAUAUUUAUUUCAGAGGACAGUGAGAGAAAUUAAGUUUCAUUCAGGUUUUCUUCUUCCCCAAAUAGGAUUCUCAUUAUCAUUUUUAGUAAAUAAAUACCCAGAGGAUUGGAUUUCCUUCCAUACGUCUGCUCUGAAGGCUGUACACAUGCUCUUUCUUUGUAGUUUUGAGCUUUUUCAUGACUCAGGAAGCUGCCUUAUGCUAAGUCAGAGCAUUGAUCCAUCUAGCCCAGAGCACCAUCUGCUCUUACUGGCUGCAGCUAACCACGUCAUCCCAGCAAAUAGCAACCCUGCUUUGUGAGGUGUUUUUAACUGAAGAUGCGAGAGACUUAACAUAAGAAGAGUCUUGCUGCUUCAGGCCAAGGGCGCAUCUUGCCUGGCAUCUUGUUCUCACAGGGGCCAGCCAGGUGCUUAUGUGAAGCCCACAAGUAGAUGGUUUUGGGUUAGAACAUUAGGCAGUUAGAAAGGAAGCUUCAAAAGAAGUCAGAACUAUGGAACAAGCUGCCUUCCGGAGCUGGAGGGCUUUCUUUUGCUGGAGGUAUUUAAGCAGAAGCUGAAUGUCCAUCUCUCAGGGGUGUUGCAGUUGCAUCCUCCAUUGUGGAUCCUGCACUAAGCAAGGGGUUGGAUUAGAUUGCCUUCAAGGUAUCUUACAAGGUUGCAGGGUGUGCUGCAAAGUAAGGGUGAGGAACAUCUGGCUCUCCAGAUAUUUUUGGACUGCAAACCCCAUCAUCCCUGACCAUUGUCUAGGGUGACAGGGGCUGUUGGGAGUUGGAGUCUAAUAAACAUCUGAAAGGCUACAAGUUCCCUACCCUGGCCUAAAGGCACAUGAUACAUCAACCUUGCUGAAGUCCAAGUCUGGGAGACAAUCUCAGAAUCCUAUGUGUAUCACUUUGAGUUCUAUUAUAGUAGAAAGGUGGGAUAUGAAUGUAAAUAAUGAAUGUCAUUUUAGGUACCGGUCAUACAAAUAGAAAAGGAAGGAUUAGAUGAGAACAAGCUAACAAUAGUUCAAUGCCCAUUCACACCAGUGGUCCUAAGGACACUUAACUCUACAGCGGUACCUCGGUUUACGAACAACCCUGUUAAUGAACUAUUCAGUUUACCAACUCCGCAAAACUGGAAGUAGUGUUCCGGUUUGCAAACUUUACCUCGUCUACAAACGGAAGCUGAACGGUGGAAGGGCACUGGCAGCAGGAGGCCUCAUUAGGGAAAGCGCACCUCGGUUUAAGAACAGAUUUGGUUUAAGAACGGACUUCAGGAACGGAUUAAGUUCAUAAACCAAGGUACCACUGUAUACUGAAUUGCAACCAUUAUUAGUAGAGCACAAUGAAUAUACUAAUAUGAUGCCCAAAGUGGCCAGCAUUCAAACGUUAUAAGCAGAAUUGAUAUUUGAGGUUAGUAUCCCUCAGGUUUGACUGUAAUUUGUAAUAUUAAUGCCCAAAGUGUUUUGAUAUGUUGCUCUUAAAGUUAUAAUUUCUUCUAAUAUGCUCUUCUAUUUGAACUUCUGGAGAUGAACAUGAGAAUGAUGUGCUUUGUUUAUCCAACAGGGGUUGCAGCACUGGCCUUGUCAUGCCCUUAUUUACGUGAAGUCUCUUUUAAAAGAUGUAGCAACAUUACAGAUAGUGGAGUCCUUGCCCUUGCCCUCCACUGCCCACUUUUGCAAAUAGUUAACAUAGGUGGAUGUUCCAGCAUUACAGAUACAUCACUGCAAGCUCUUGGACAGAACUGCCAAUCUUUACAUAGUGUGGAUUUUUCAUCUACCCAAGUAAGAUUGUUGGCAAAUAUAUACCGUAUCUUGUUGGCAUAGAUAUUUUGCAAAAUGGCAUGAUUAAAAUGAUACUCUUGAGAAUUGACUCUUACUUCACUAAAUUGCUAUUGGUAUUUUGAGAUACUGUCUUGAUAAAAGUGCAUUUGGCCUCUUUUGCUUUCACAGUUACCUUAAUUUUGCCUAGUGUGGUUGCAUUAGAUAAAAUGAGUGUUUUGAGCCUACCACAGGAAAUGUGGUCUCUUAUCUAUAAAUUGCAGUGAAGUUUGUUGCAAAAAUUGUCAUUUGGCUUGUAAAUCUAGUGUUUCCCAUUUCCCUUCCCCUCCCACCCAUUUUACAUUUGUAGCUUACAUUAUCAGAGUGCAGGUUUUAACUUAAUGUAGCUUACAUUAUCAGAGUGCAGUAUUAAAAUAAAUUCAGCAGAGUAAAUAAUAUUUGAUUGAUAGAAAAGUGGAAAACUGAUUUGAAUAGUUAUAGUAAAAUUAUGCAGGAAACUGUAAUAUGUAAUAUGAACAAUGGAAGGAGAAGAAGGGAAGACAGUGAGAGCCAACUAUUGACGACUGUGGAGAAGAGCCAGAGGAUGAUGGGCUUACCUGGUGCCUAGAUGUUCCUGGAACCUGGUCGUCCAUGGUGGUUCUGCUCCCUGGUUUUUGGAGGACGAAUGCCCAAGAGGUCCUUACCUACGGCCUUCUUAGGGCAGGCAGCGCCUCCUUCCAGGCUCCUGGCUGGGCAUCCAACCACGCAACAGUUGGUAGGCGCAUGGUCUGUCUACUAGUAUGGGGACAGGGAGGCCUGGCAAGACCAGGUUUCUGCCUGUUUUGGAGGGCUGGUAAGACAAAGAUUCUGCAGUAUCACAUAGGAAGAGUUUGGGCUUGUUGUGAUUAUUUGUAGCAGAAACACUACUGCUGAGGCUGUCGGAGGUUAAGGGCUGCUGCAUGCACAGCUAAUGCAGAGUUAACAGAAGAUAAUGGGGUUGAGUAGUGCUACUGAAUAGUAAUGUAAUAAUAAGAAUAAGAAUAAUAAGAAUAAUGUAUAGAUACAAAAUUAAAAUAAAAAAGGAAGUGAAAGGAAAGGAAAUGAAAAGAUAAGGUGAAAGAGGAAACUAGAAGAGGAACUGCAGAUCAAGUCAGGCUAGGGGAAACCCUGCCAAAACUAGUGAGAAUUGACCAGUAAACCAGGCACUGUGUGGCUGCACUAAGCAAGGUUAAUAUUUAGCAAUAUGUGAAUCUGUGAAAGAAAAGAAAGCACCCAAGAUUUAUAAGUUGAUAUAUUGGAAGCAAUCACACGAUAUACAAUCCUCAGGUUUGAGGCUCAAUUAACUACGGUACUUCUAUCAGGAGGGGGAGCAAUUCAUUUAUUCAGAUGGAGGGAGCGAUUCAUUGGAGGGAGUAAUCAAUGUGGCAAAGGCAUGGCAUAAUUAAAAUCCAGAAACGUAAUUAAAUAUAGGUGCAAUCAGUGAUGCAAGUGCAUUAAUAUAAAGCAUAAUCAGAGGGAGCAAUUCAUCACAUAACAUUAGCGCAGAAAACCAAUUAAAUAGCCGGCGUCCUUCACACCAUGCUUGGAGGUCUCUUCCAUAUUGAUCCUCUCCAUUUUCUGAUCAGAACUACCGUAUUUUUCGUUCAAUAGGAUGCAAUUUUUCCCCUUCAAAAAUGAAGGGGAAAUGUGUGUGCGUCCUAUGGAGCGAAGACGCCAUAGCCCCGCAACCCUCUCCCAGCUGGAGAGGUGACGCGCGGCUAUGGCAGGAGCCUCUACAGCCGCGCGUCACCUCUCCAGCCGGGAGAGCACGUGCGGGGUUAAAGAAGCCAUAGCCCCGCGACCCUCUCCCGGCUGGAGAGGUGACGCGCGGCUAUGGCAGGAGCCUCUCCGCUGAGCCUUUCCGCUGCUCCCUGACCUGCUCUUUGGGGCUGGUGGUGGGCUUCCCCCCGCCAGCCCCAAAGAGCAGGUCGAAAGGAACCUGAAGCCUGGAGAGCAAGAGGGGUCAGUGCACACCGACCCCUCUCGCUCUCCAGGCUUCCAAGGUAGCCGCCUGAACGCACCUUAAACGGCACCUUGUUUUAGAGCGGGAAAACAAGAGGGGGAAAGUUCUCCCCCUCUCUGCGCAGCGCCUCCUGCCGCUUCGAUGAAGGGGCGCUGGGCAGAGAGGGGGAUAAUUUUUUUUCUUGUUCUCCCCCCUCUAAAACAAAGUGUGUCCUAUUGUCCGGUGCGUCCUAUGGUGCGAAAAAUACGGUACUCUUCCUGUUCCUCUCUUUGCUUGUUUGCUUCUUCUCUUUUGACUGUUGCUGCUCUUCAUACAUACAUACAUACAUACAUAUAUGAAUGAGACAUAUAUAUUCCCCAGAAUUUGUUGCGAAAGUUAUUUUUCCAGCUAAUUACAGAUCAGGAAUGUGACUUUUCCAAGGAAGCUCCCUUUUGCUUGGAACUGUCUGCUAUUCUUGAAUCUUUGUGGGUCUCCAGUUUGAAAGGUAAUAAAUGGGUGUCUAAUGGCAGAAAGGUUAAAAGCAAUUACAAACACAGCAAACCUUCAUACAGAGUAUCACAGCUUUUGGCUAAAUUUAAAAGGGGUUCCUAGACUGGAGUAUCCCUUCCAGAAACUCAGAAGAAAUGGAUGUAGGCUUUAAGUGAAAAGAUAGAAAGACUGAAAUACAAAUGCACAUAGGCACAGCCUAAAAAAUGAGGAGGCUUCCAAGAACCCCAUAAAAAUGUCUUCCUCCGAGCUGAGCCUUUGAAAUCGCCUCCGACGUGUUUAAUGACCUGAGCCUCAAGCACAUUCUAUCCAGCAGGGUUACCAGCACAGGGAAGAGACGAGAGGUUUGGCUACAUUGUAAAGAGUUUUAUUUCUAAACUACGCAGAACAGAAAAGACAUCCUCUCUCUAUGAAGCAGAGAGCAACUGAACAAAGGAACAAAGGAAACAGGAAACCACUAACGUCACAUCCCAUCUCCCUUUCUCAUGAGACUGCAAGGUCUCUGGAAUGUAAACAGAGUCCUGUGACUCCACGCAGCUGCACAGAAACUAACAGCAAAGCCAUGUUUUUUAUACACUUUCAGAUUACACAAAUGAUUUCUGAGUAGCCAAUCAAAUGAUUACAACAACUUCCCCAUAGGAAUUACAACCUAUGGUCAUAAUUCUAAAUCAAAUCGAAACCCUUAUACAGUACUCUUUUUACUAGCCCACUCCAGCCUUCUCAUUAUAAUAAUAUGUGAUCAUACAUUAUCAUCCUUCAAGGUCUACUUUAAUUAAUAUCUAAUUAAUUAAUUCUUUACCUGUCUACAAACAUCUAUUCUUAAUCAUCCAUGAUUAAUAUAUUCAUUCUCUACAUUAACAUAAAUUCAGUGAUACUGUUCCGCCUGGCCGAUCUCCUUUCAUGUAUUUUCAACUUUUAAUUCUUUCACAUUAGACUACAGGAUGUACAUGAAGCAAUCUGGUUUUUUCCUUGCUAGAAGGGAUUGGUGAGAGUUCAUAAAUGGAUUGCUAAGCAGCACUGCUAAUAUAAAAUACUGAGUUUUAACAAACAAAAAAGAGUCCUAACGGAGAGAUAAAGGGAGAUAGGAAAUUCUGCAUCUGCUUUGCAUGCAGAAGGUCCCAGGUUCAACCCCUGGCCUCUCCAGGUAGACUUGAGAGAGACUUCUGCCUGAAACCCUGGAGAUCCAUGGAGAUCUCCUACAGUUGUAGGAGAGCCAGUCAGGAGAGAGAAUACUGAGCUGGAUGGACCAAUGGUCUGGUAUAAGGAUGUUUCCUCUGUUUCUGUUGCUAAGCCAUGCUUUGGCUUAGCGUGAUGUUUGUACUAAGUCAGAGAAAGGCCUGAAAAGUGGCAUUAUUGCACAUAUAUAAUAUUUUUCUGUCAUUUAAAGAGAAUAUAUUAAUUUGGCUUCCAUUUGUGUAAAAUUCAAGUUUAUAAGACAUACAAAUUGAAGAAAACCAGACUGAAGUUGUUAUGGUUGGUUGGUUUUUUUUUUACAGGAUUGCUUUAAUGUUUUGGUUUUUUGAAGUGGACAGUUACUAUAGUUUUAUUCAGUGUACCAACAAAAAUUCUGAUUUUGUCCCAUCCAGGUUACUGAUGACGGUGUAAUAGCACUUGUUAGUGGAAUGUGUUCAAAGAAUUUAAAGGUAACUUUUCAACAUGUUUAGUACAAAUCAUUAUCAUUAGUAAAUUUAAAUGUACUAUUUAAAUUUCUUAAUAGAGUUAAGGGCUUAAAUCAGUGGCUAUUAGUCAAAGAUGACUAGAUGCCCUGCUUGUGAGUUUCCAAUAGGCAUCUGACUGGCCACUGUAGAAACAGAAUGCUGCUGGACAAGAUGGGACUUUGGUCUGAUCCAGCAGGGUGGCUCUUACUCAUAUGAGGUUUUUUCCAUUAUUGCAGGGGUCAGCAAGGCUUACUGGCCAUCAGCCAGAUCACUCCCACGGAGAUCCUCCGUGGGCUGGACUGGUGCAUGUCCGUGGCACUGGAAAUCGCUUCUGCAUAUGCCCAGACGCCAAAAAUUGCACCUGCGCAGAAGUGAUUUUCAGCAUCUGGGCAUGCGCAGAAGCAAUUUCCGACGCCAUGGAAGAGAGUCCCUGCGCCAUGCUGCGCUGUUUGUUUUUUAUUGCUUUUUAUUGAUUUUCAAAAACAAAACAAAAUUAAAUAAAACAUAAACUUUUACAUUCAACAUUUUGUAUCUUCUUAUUUACCCUGCGCAAUUUCGCGCCUGGACUUCCUUCCUUCCCUGCUUCAGUUUUGCCAAUUUACCAUGCUGCGCUGGUUUAAUGCAGCGCACGGGACUCACUGAGCAGGUGGCUUGGUUCAGGGGUGGCUCACAGGCUGGUUAAACGGCUUCCUUGGGCCGCUUCCGGCCCAUGGGCUGCAGGUUGGGGACCCCUGCAUUAUUGUCUGUAACAGUUGCUGAUACUAGUAUUCAUUAUCCCAAAUAGGAGAUCCAUAUGGAACGGUGUGUGAAUCUGACUGACAUUGCUGUGGAAGCUGUUCUCACUUGCUGUCCAAGGAUAUACAUUUUUCUGUUCCAUGGAUGCCCACUGAUAACAGGUGAUUAAAGUGCUGCUUACUAGCUAAGUUCAACAAUAGAUUUUGUCAACCUGUCUGAGCCUUAAGAUCAGUCUCAAAGGCACUGCUCACAGACCCACCAGCAGACGAAUGGCAAGGUGUCAUACGGGAGGCAUCUCUCGAGCAAGUCUCGGAGAGUUCCGUUUAUUGAAUAUUAUAGCAUUUGCCACAUAUGUGCUUAUUGCUGAUUGGUUAACACAAGUACAAAGCAAAGGUUACAUAUUACAUUAAUCACCAAUAGAUUAAAGGUUGGGAAAGGGAGCACAGAACUAGACAGGCAUGAAACCUCCUAAUUAAAUUAUAACUAGUGAUUGAUUAUAACAAGACUUGAGAGAACAUAACAAUCGCGUUCCGUAGAUGUGGUCAACAAUGCGUUAAGAACAGGUCAAGGUACACUGUUUCAUGAACUCAAUGGGAACUGAUCAGAACAUUCUCAGACUCAUGUGCAGAGGCAAAAACUUCCCAGCACUGGUGGGCACGAGAGACAGGGUAUUUUCAGCAUAUUUUCUUUUAAAUGAGUUUAAAGAUUUUUUUAUGUUGGUUGGUAUUGUGAGUGGACUGGAUUUUAAAUUAGCUUUGCUCUUUUAAAUGGGUUUAAAAUAUUGCAGUACAUGUAAUUGUGCAUUGGUUUGCUGGUUUGAUAUAUUCUUGCUGCUCUUUUAGCUUUUAUAUUUCAAAUAUGUUUUCCAUUGCAAGCUGAAGUAGAAAUCUCCCUUGAAUCCAUUCUGAGCAGUUAGAACUCCAUAUUCUGUAUUACCUUCACUGUCCUGUCCUAGUAGAUAAAAACUAACUGUUUUAACCAGGACAUGUCCUUGUACACUGAAAGAAUGCAACAGAUAAUCACCAAGGCAAUGGUGAAAUGAAUGCUAGGCAUGGGAAUUUCAUUUAACCUUAGAUCAGUAGGAGGGCAGAUAUCACAGUCAAAAGCAGAUGUUGGUAGACAAGCAGUAAUAGAGCAGUAACUAAUAAAUACAUAGGUAAAUGUUUAUGUGUAACUACAUAUUAUUAAAAUGAGAUUAUUGGGGUGGACUAUUCAGAUGAGCCAAAUGAGUGCUGAUUGAUCUAGACCAGGAUUUCCCAAACUUGGGUCUCCAGCUGUUUUUGGACCACAACUCCCAUCAUCCAUUGAGGCAAGGAAAGAAGGGCUAUCCUUAUGCUAUUCAUAUAAUCAGUUAUCAGUAAACAAUAUAUUCAUAUAUGCUCACAUAUAAUCAGGGCUUACAGUAUUUUUAUAAUCCAUUUUUGAAUCAAAGGAAAGCUUUUGCCUUAGCUAACUGCAAACUGCUUGGAACAGCAACUUAGAACCGACCUUUCCCCUAGAAACAUCCUUGUACCCUGAACAAGGGGAAGACAUGAAUCAGAGACACUGGUACAAAAUCCCCCUCAAAUGCAGACUAAAAUACAGUAUUUUUCGCCCCAUAGGGCGCACCGGCCAAUAAGGCGCACCUAGUUUUUUUGGGGGGGAAAUAAAGAAAAAAAAAUUAUUUUCCCCCCAAGGUGCGAGGCUGGGGCGGGGGAAGCCCGAGCUUCCCCCGACCCCAGCCCCCAGAACAGGCUGCUCUCCGCAAGCCGUGGGAGCCCUCCCGCGGCUUGCACAGAGCUACCCGAAGCCCCAGCGCGACUGCUCAGCGGGCCGGGGCUUCGGGAUAAGAGGCAGCUCUGCGCAAGCCGGGGGAGCCCUCCUGCGGCUUGCGCAGAGCUACCCGAAGCCCCGGCGCGACUGCUCAGCGGGCCGGGGCUUCGGGAUAAGAGGCAGCUCUGUGCAAGCCGGGGGAGCCCUCCCGCGGCUUGCGCAGAGCUACCCGAAGCCCCGGCGCGACUGCUCAGCGCGCCGGGGCUUCGGGAUAAGAGGCAGCUCUGUGCAAGCCGGGGGAGCCCGGGGGAACUCCUGCGGGCUCCCACGGCUUCCGGAUAGCUUCCUGAAGCCUGGAGAGGAGAGGGACGGUGCGCACCGACCCCUCUCGCUCUCCAGGCUUCAGCGAAAGCCUGCAUUCGCCCCAUAGGACACACACACAUUUCCCCUUCAUUUUUGGAGGGGAAAAAGUGCGUCCUAUAGGGCGAAAAAUACGGUAAUCCACAAGAACAGGAAGGGCCAAACCACAAAAACUCCAAAACUCCCUGUUCUGUCAGAACUGGGGAAAAGGUCAGAUUGUGCAUCAUUGUGCAUCAUUUGUGCAGACAACGGAAAGCAGAAGUUGGGAGUAGAACUCUGCGCUUGACCAGGAGCCGUAAGCAUGGCAAGAAGCACGCUAAUUGGCUAAUUUUUGCUGGCGUUCGUGACUGUCUCAUGACUGUCUCAUGAUCUGUGAUUUGCUGUGAUGUGCUCAGGUAUAAAGACCUCAGGAUUUGUGUUUGUCGGGGUCCCAGUUCUUUGGAAGAGAUUCCAACUGGGUCCUUAUUGCUCAGCAAUAAAACCUCACCUUCUUUUUCUCCAAAGCUGUGUCUGCCUGAUCCUUGUUCACUCUAAGUGGGUACCUACCUUACUUUCUCAUGCUUCACCAUAGCUAGCAGGACCAAUGGUCAGGGAUGAUGGGAACUGUAGUCCAAAAACAGCUGGAGACCCAAGUUUGGUAAACCUUGGUCUAGAAUGAGGACAGUGGGUUGUAACUGUUGUGGGAAAGUUUGCUGUAAUCCUACGUUUGGUUUCAGCGGUUUUCAACCUGUGGGUCUCCAAAUGUUGUUGUACUACAACUCCCAUAAUCCCUGAGCUCUGGCCUUGCUAACUAGGGGUGAUGGGAGUUGUAGUUCAACAACAUCUGGGGACCCACAGGUUGAGAAAGGCUGGGUAAUCACUCUCUGUGUGAUAUGAAAACGCGGGAUCCUCUAACAAGGAAAGAGAAGGAACUGGAGGUAGAGGCAAGUGGAGGGGUGCAUGGUCCUUCCCCAAGUAAUUAAUUACAUAGCUGGCAUUAAAGAGUGUCUAACAUUCUAUUAUUUAAUAAAAAUUACAAAGAAAGUUAACUCGAGGGUCCUGGAGGCUGAUCUCAAGAUAGCACAAUCAUAUAGUAGCACAAAACAAGUAGCUCCAGAUUAUUCAGUUAUUAGAUGUGCUCCUGUGAGCAGCUUUCAUAAUGGUUUCCAUGUGGUCUCUCAUUUAUUGUAUUGAAGAUUUUUGAAUACAGUCGUACCUCAGGUUAAGUACUUAUUUCGUUUCGGAGGUCCGUUCUUAACCUGAAACUGUUCUUAACCUGAAGCACCACUUUAGCUAAUGGGGCCUCCAGCUGCCGCCGCGCUGCUGGAGCACAAUUUCUGUUCUCAUCCUGAAGCAAAGUUCUUAACCCAAGGUACUAUUUCUGGGUUAGCGGAGUCUGUAACCUGAAGCAUAUGUAACCUGAGGUACCACUGUACCCCGUAUCAUAGCCUGCUUAGCUGCAGUAGAACGGUGUCAUAUAUACUGUACCUUCAGACCAUUAUGUAGUGCAGAACUCCAGGUGGAAAAAUAAGACUUGAUGGCAUACUAGGAAGCUAGGGGAGACCUCUGUCAAGGUCAAAGUGAGUGGAUUCAGGGUUAGGUGUUGCAGUAGGGACUGGUAUUCCACCAAUUCUCUUGUAUCAUGAGUGUCCUCCAACAGACGAGUAAAUAAUAGCAGUAGUUUGAGUAGUGUGGCAAAUAUUCACACACCUGCACCCAUUUUUUCACCUAUUUUGGCUGAUUCCAGAGACAUUGGCACAGGCCCUAUUGCUGAUUUUCCUUACCACAAUGCAACACAAUUAAACUUGUUAAAAAUGGGAGACUUCCGGGUCAGCGCCAUCGGCAAUGGCGGAGUUCCUCUGACCGAGAGGAACCCGCUCCGUGAAAAUCGGGUCUUGCCGCCGCGGCGAAGGCGGAGACCCUCUAAAAAUCCCAGGCGGAGGAAGCCUGGGAACGUGGGAUUCGGUUGACACCAGGAGCGCCUCCCCUACUCGCAGGGAAACCCUUUUUCGGGGAUCCGAAGCGACGUGGGGUGAGUGGCGCGGUGUUUUGACUCAACCGCUACUUUUACGGAGUGAAGCCGCACAGCCGUUGCCGGAGGGCGCUGACUUUUUCCUGUGGACAAUUGGACUUUAAACAAGUACCCGUGAGUAGAACGGAAAAUUGGAUUAAGAAACAUUUUAAUUUGGCACUGAAGCGGGAAGGCUCUAAACAGGAAGUCCGCCUCCCGUUUUUUGUAAAAAGAUUGAAGCAAAAACUUUGUAAGCUAAAGUCUGGAAAGUCGUAUAUAAAGGUCUAAAUUUCCUUCAGAUAUUACCACCAAAACCCUCUUGGAAGCAGGAUAAAUGGGGGUAAUUUUUGACUGUUUAAGCCUGCAGGAGAGAGAGUAAAGAAAGAUAAAUUUCCACCGUCUCAAACCUGGGAACGGGGUGUCAGAGACAGAAAUUUAUAGGGAAGUUCAUCGACUGUGAAUGGAACGUCUUUUGACAGAUAGUAAAAAAAAGAGAAACAAAUUGACUCCAAUGUUGCUUCUUGCAUUUAAAAGAAACAAAGUAUUUGAAAAAUAAAAGUAAUUUUUUUUUGUUGGUCCUGCUUUCAAAAGAUGGAUACAAAUAGAAAUUGUCUCCUCUAGAGGGAGCUUGUUAAUUUGUUGCCGGAGUCGAUCUGGGGAUUUCACAGCUGUAAGAUUAGGAUCGUGAGACCAGACUCUGACCUUGAAUAAAAAUGUGUUUACAAGAAGUUUUGGUGCUUGCUCUUUGCAAGACAAGCACGUUGCUGGAGCAGAUGCAUGAGAAGAUGGAUUUGAUGACUGUUGCAGUUAAAAUUUUUGGACAAAUGGCGAAUACCCAUAUAGAAACCAUUCAGGAACCAGCCCAGGAACUUGUGUUGACAGGGCAAGCGCAAGUGCAGAAGAUAAUGGAGGAGGUUGGUGUUGAACCUCAAGUAACACAAAUGAAGAGAUCCGAGGCCUUGCAGGAGCAUAAGCCGUUGUUCUUGAAAUUUGAAUCUGGAGUGGACCGGGGGGGGGUCUGGAGUUGUGAGGGCUCUUAAUUUUGGAAGGACUUUGAAACAUGCUUUUAAAUACUUUCUGGAUUACAGUGUUGACUGUGGGGAAUGGGGCCGUGGGGAAUGGGCUGAUCUGUUGAGGAGAGAUUGAGAUAUUUUUGGAUUGGAGUCCCCCCGAGACCUAUCCCCCAAUGAGAAAAGAAAGAAAUUAAGAAAAAGAUCAACAAAAGGCAAAGUAAAGUGCAGGUAUAAACAAGAAGAAGAUCGGCAGAAGGGACAUGGAAAUGACUUAAGAGCCUCGGACAUAAGAUCACCAGGUUGAUGGACUAGAUGGAAUGGACAAGAAGGACUGACAAAACCCGAGACUAGGAAGAAGAGAUGUUGGAUGUAGAUUGGAAGAAAGUUUUUUAAAAAAAAUAUUUUGAGAAUUAGUGUAAAAUUAAUGAGUAUUAGGAAAAAUGUUGGAAUGAAACUAUUUGGCCUUAGUAGAAAUGAUAUAAGGAGUUAUGUACAUUAAGUUUUAAGUUUUAAGGUUGUUUUUUUUAUGGUAAGAUAAGGUUAAAUAAAUUAAGGUAAAUUGAAUGACAUAAUAUAGUGAAAGAUGGAAAGGAUUUGUUGAGUUAAUUAAAAGGUUAGAUCGUUAAGAUAAAUUAUAUAACAAAAAUUGAGAAAGAUGGAAAGAAUUUGCUGAAACAAUUAAUUAAACUAGAAUACAAAAAGGGAGGUGUGAGAAGGUCGAUGAAACAAGUAAACGAAAGAUAAAGAUAUGGAACAUUGGAUGUGUGUUUUAAUGUUAUUGUGGGUUUUUUGUUUUUGUUUUUUGGCUGUAUUGUUGUAUUGUUUUUUAUGCUUUUCUUUUUAUCUUUGUCAAAUUCUUUGUUGUUUUCUUUUUCUCUUUUUUCUGUAAUUCUUAAACUUUUAAUAAAUAUCAUUUAAAAAAAAAAACUUGUUAAAAUGGGAAUAAGAGGCAUGUUUCUAUUUUUCUAACAGUCUUCAGAGACAGAAUGGUACACCACUACUCCCUGCUCCAUAUCUUGAAACAAUAUGCUUAUCUCUCCUGUUCUAAAACAAAGCCUUACAUUGUCCUGACUUAAACAGUCCACCUUCACAGCUUAGUUAAACAAAUUACGUUCACAGCAAAUGUAGUUUUAAACAGUUGCUCUUCGUAUGCUUGGAUGUGAGCCAAAUACAUUCUUGUAUAACUUAGGUUUUGACAGUAUGCCUGUGUGGCUUCUGUUCAGAUAUGCUUGUUUAUCAGAGCAAUUGUUUAAUUCAACUGCAUCAGAUACAAUCAGUGCUUUUUUUCAAUAAGUUGUUACAGUAAGUGCCACACUUUUUAGCAACAAAAAGAGGUGCCAGUACUGCGUAUCCUUGAGUACUCCCUGGGGAAGAAAAAGGGUACUGGAUACAUUGUUGCUAAAAUUAUUUUGCCUUGAUGCUAGUACAUUUUGUUCAAUCAAAAUUGGGUGUUUUCCACCCCAAAAAGGUGGUUUAAAACAGAUCAGAAUAAGAACAACAGUUUCAAAGCAACCUAAGUAAAACCCAGAAAUAAUAGCAAAACAACCACAUUGACCUGCUCUAGUGUUAAGAUCAGCAGGGGAGGCCCCCUUGGCAGUGCUGCUGCCCUAUGCAGUCUGAUGGGCAGUAGGGUGUGAGAGUUGCUUCUCUGUGUUGGCUCUCAGUUAGUGGAAUAACCUGCCCUCGUGCUGCAUUGCUGUUCUGUGCUGCUGUUUUGUUAAUUCUGCUUUUUGUUAGUUUGGUCAUUUUAUUUUAUGUUUUUAAUACAGUGUGCUGUUUUAUUGUGAGGUUUUUGUAACUCACUAUGGGACCACUAUGGGACUCACUUUGGGACGCGGGUGGCGCUGUGGGUAAAACCUCAGCGCCUAGGGCUUGCCGAUCGCAUGGUCGCGGUUCGAAUCCCCGCGGCGGGGUGAGCUCCCGUCUUUCGGUCCCAGCUCCUGCCCACCUAGCAGUUCGAAAGCACCCCUAAGUGCAAGUAGAUAAAUAGGUACCGCUUUAUAGCAGGAAGGUAAACGGCGUUUCCGUGUGCUGCGCUGGUGCCGGCUCGCCAGAGCAGCUUCGUCACGCUGGCCACAUGACCCGGAAGUGUCUCCGGACAGCGCUGGCCCUCGGCCUCUUAAGUGAGAUGGGCGCACAACCCUAGAGUCAGACAUGACUGGCCCGUACGGGCAGGGGUACCUUUACCUUUACCUAUGGGACCAUUCAGUGAAGGGUGGGCUAUAGGUAAAAACAAUUAAUGAAUGUCUGCAGAAAACACUGGAAUAUAAGCAAAAAACCGAAAGCAUGUUGAAACAAACAUGUCUUAACCUGCUUAACCAGAAGAGAAGAAUAAGCUUAUUACAAGAGGCUGCAAAGCAUUUAUGCAGCAAAUAGCAGCAUCAGUUUACUGAUCUGGAGGCCCAUUUCUUGUAGAAAGAUCUCUGAAACCCAUUCCUUCUUCCCCCUAAAUUAUUCAUUUGCAUUACCCUUCCUACCUAGCAUUUUCUUAUCCUAGAGAAAAUUGAAUUGUCCAAUGUAUUUUAUCAUCCUUGUUUCCUUGUUUUGCAGAUCGUUCUCGAGAAGCCCUGGAACAGUUGGUUGGACCAAAUAAGUUUAAGCAGGUUUCAUGGACUGUUUAUUGAUUUUUCUUUAGUUGUUGAUGGCAUCUCUUUUUCAAGAAAGAACCAUUCCUGGAACGGCAUGUCUCUGGUGUUGUAGAGUGUAUUGUCUCCCACUGACAUGCUUCGUUUCUGUUUCAACUGCCAAAGGUAAUGGCACUAAUGCUGUGUUGAUUUUCUUGAUUAAUGAGACUGCUGCUCUUUUUUCCACUCCACAUGAUGGAUUACGAAUAGGAAGUUGUUAGUGUUCAUAUAAGAACAACAGGUCAGAACUGUAAUUUAGGAAUCAUUAUGUUCAAAUGUUAAAUUCUGUGGCAGUGAAGAACUAACAGGAAAAUGUGAUGUAGCAGGUGGUGAGCCAGCAAGACUUGUCAGCCACCAUUGCAUCUAAGCAUUUUGUAAGGUCACUUGCGCAGCCAUCACUUUGGGGAAGGUCAGUUAUGUUUCAAGGUAGCCAUUAUAAUUGGAGACAUGAGGUUUUUUUUCCAGCAUGCCGGUUCUUGUUUUGAAAUAAAUGCUCCUACCAUCUUCAA